AUGGGACUCAUGACAACUGAACAAACAAGUGACACUCCAAUUCCUGGGAUCUCAGACGUGUUGCAGAAAUGCAAACAGCUUGCUCGGGAUAUCAAAUCACAACGCCCUAGUCGAGGUCCACUGCCCACCGGCCUACGUCUGACCUUCCCCGAUCCUGCGGUGACCAAUCAAUUGGUGCAAAUAUACUUCAACUCUUUUGAAUCAUGUUUGCGCAUACUUCAUUUUCCAUCAUUCCGAGCAGAGUAUGAGGGCUAUAUGAAGGACUCGGGAACUGCAAAGACCUCCUUUGUGGUGAUCCUUAUACUAGUGAUGUCUACUGCAACUUCCUUGGUUGAAGAUGCCGGCUUGCAGCAGGAAUUGCGCGCGAAAUCCCGCAGCUGGAUUCAUGUUGCUCAAAGUUGGGUCUCCGCACCCAUUGAAAAAGAUCGCCUCUCAAUAGAUGGACUACAAAUUUAUUGUUUACUUCUUCUCGCUCGCCAGGUGAAUUGUGUCGGAGCAGAUUUAGUCUGGAUCUCAGCUGGCUCAUUGAUGCGAAUGGCGAUACAGAUGGGACUGCAUCAAGAUCCCGACCACCUAGGGGGAAUGGCGCGGCUACAAAAGGAGAUCCGAAGAAGACUCUGGUACACAAUUUUGGAGCUGAAUGUGCAGGCUGCUUUGGAUUCAGGCAUGCGUCCCAUGGUCACCAGUGAUGAUUUUGACACCCGUCCGCCUUUGAAUCUCAACGACGAAGAUUUGGACAAUGAAAUGCAGUGGGAUUCCUCUAAGGAAAUGCCUUCAACGCCAACGCGGGCUUCAUUCCAAUGUUUAUUAGCCACAUCCGUGCUUUUAAGGCUGGAGGCUGCUAGGGUCAUCAAUACGUUGAAGGAGGAGCUUCCAUAUGAUCGCGUUGUGCGUCUCGGAGAGGAGUUAGCGUCGGUUUGUCGCAAUGCGACUGUCACCAUUGAUCACCACAAGUCAGUUGCCAAGGACCUGUGGCCGACAGAAUUUCCAUAUAGUUGGUGCGACCAUUUUCACCGUCGAUUUCUGUUGUGCCUUCACCUUCCUUAUGCAGCCAAAGCCGCACACAAUCCGAUGAACAGCUACUCUUCAAAGGUAGGCCUUGAGGCCGCGCUUUAUCUAGUCUCACUUCUUGACGACGAGAUAUACCGUCGCCUACUGCUUGUUGGUGGAGGCAUGUUUCGAGAUAUUGUGACCUCUGGUGCUAUGUUGGUGUUUUUGGAAUUAAUCACACAGCUGGAAAAAGAGAGCUCUGCAUUAGUGAGGAAACGCAACCAGGCACGCAGGGAGCCGCUGUUGGAAGAUGCGAGGAACCUUGUUCAGUAUGCCCACGAUAGACUUCGGUUUGGUGAGACAAAUGUGAAGAGCUAUGUGUUUAUGAGUAUGGCUAUGGGUCAAGUGGAUGCCAUGCUCAGCGACACGUCAACCAAAGAUACUAUUGUCAAGUCUGCAAGGGACAGUCUCAUCGUCUGCCAUGAUAUACUGAGAUCCACAGCUGCGAAUUUACUCUCGAGCGUUACCAUGGAUCCCAAUGUGGCAUGCGGGAUAGGCGGUGACGCAAUUGCAAUGCCCUCUAUUGAUGAUAUCAAUUUCGACUUUAUGAACGAUGGAAAUAUGGACUUUGGACUUGCAGGCUCUUGGUUCUUAAGACAAUGGGAGGAUAAAGUAUGGUCCUAA